UACAAUAUUAUCCGAUAAAAAAUCACAAUAUUAAAUAAACAAUAAAAUAAUAAUAAUAAUAAUAAUUAUACUUUUCCGAAGCAACCGGUUCCCGCCCGUCCCAGCCUUCUUCCAUCGACGUAAGAGAAACAACCCGAAACACCUCUCCUUUCCGACCGUCUCCGGCAACAUUUGCCACCUGAAAACUCCUCCCAUCAACAACAACCUUUUACUGAAGAUUUCACCGCAAACCGAGAGAAGGUGUUCCGUUUUUAGAACAGAUCUCGGCAUCUCAUCAACUCCAACUGCACCUAAACAUGGAUGCGGGAAAGGAUGAGGAAGUAGAAAAGGAUGAGCUUGCUGAAUCAUUGAACGAUAUCUUCACCAAUGUGUCCACCAUGGUAAAAGCUGAACUUGAGGGCACUAAUCAUCAGAUGGAACUUUUGGAGAAAAUGAAUCAAAGAGUGGCUGAAGAGUACAAAGUUUUUGGGGAUGUGGCUUCUGGAUUGAGGAUUUUUGUGGAGUAUUUGAAAUCAAAAAGUGGUAAUUUUGAUGAAUAUGUUCAGCAAAUUGAUGCAAUAGAGCGGCAAGUGACUGAAUUUGAGGCUGUAAUUUCAGUACUUGAUAAAUACGUUUCCUUGUUAGAGUUUAAAGUGCAAUCUGUAUACCUUCAUGAAUGAAAGUUUCUUUUGAAUUCUUGUGCAACAUAGAUACUUUCUGUGCAUAGGAUCAGAUAUUGAGAAUGGUUUAUGGAAGGUAUUGCUGUUUCCCUGGAAAUUUGGUUGUUUAGUUCCAAUGUUCUAUUUGAUUGUGGGAAUUUCUAUUCUGUACUCAUUCUUCUUUAAUAAAAAUUUGAUCUUGAUACUCUAA